AGUGAGUUUGGCAAGUUAAGAAAAUGUAGGCAGCUGAUGAGGUAUCUAUCAAACCAGCCAAAUCCACCUAGCAAUAUUGCUAGCGUUAGGUGACGAAAUGUCAGUGUUGGCUAAUGUUAGCCAGUUACCUUUCCGUAGCUUGAGAGCUAGCCACAACGAUGGAUAUGUGGCCAAGAAACUAAACCCAACUGCAUUCGCAGGUCUGCAGCUACAUUGCCAUGUAACGUAUACAGCCACAAGAGGUGUUACUGUUGAAGUUCCUGCGAGAUAUUUUUGUAGAAGAGGUUUUUCCUAAUCAGUGGUAGACUGAGGAUGCUACGGGAACAAGUUGGCUCAUGAAGCUAACUAGCUAGCGUUAUUAUGUUGACGUUAUAUUUUGCUAGCCGGCUAGCUAGCUGACCUAUGUUUUAAAGGCCUGUCAGCGUUCACAUGUGAAGCAAGUUAACCAGCUAACGGUAGUGCGAAGCGAUUUCGCUGAAGGUAUUCGCCAUCACACCUGAUGAUAAAGGAGAACAUAUUUUCAUGAUCUGCCUUGAUGUCACGUUUUGCGAGGUCCUGAUUUGUGGGCUCCCGCAGUUGUCAUGCGAGCGUCCAGGUGAAGGGUCAUGAGUGGAGUCCUUGGCAUCGAGCCCCUGACCGCCCCACUGCUGUAACCCACAACCCCUAGCGUUUAUUUCUCUUGCCUCACCCCUAGUCCCUGUGCUAUGCCCCAGCCACCCCGCCGUCAGCCAUGAGUUCGGCCCUGUGGAGCCAGGAGAAGCCUGGGGGCGGGAGCGGCGGGGGCUGCUUCCGGGAGGACUGGCGCUUCUACAUGGUGGUGACGGAGUGUGUGGUGGAGAAGCCGCCCCAGAAGACCCUGCGCAUCCCCCGCGGCAGCCUGGGCCAGGCAUGCCAGGAGCGCAACAGCCUGGGCCGCACGCUGCCGCCGGCCAAGGGCAAGCGGAGCCUGCGGCUGCUGGACCAGGCCAACGUGGUGCUGAGCCUGGACGAGCGUGACGUGGUGGAGCUGGACGAGAAGCUGGCCGAGCUGCUCUUCCCCAUCACCAACUGCGAGGAACGCUACAGCCUGCUGUGCAACGAGCCACGGCUGGAGCGCGCCCGACAGAUCGACUGCGGCUCCAAGGUGCGUGUGCAGCUGCGCUCCGGCGACGACCCCCUGCCUGGCGUGGUACGCUUCAAGGGCUCGCUGCUCCCGGACCGGGCCCUCUCCGGCAUCUGGUUCGGCGUUGAGUUACUGGAGGAGGGCCGAGGCCAGGGCUUCACGGAAGGCUCGUACCAGGGCCAGCAGCUGUUCCGCUGCGAGGACGAGUGCGGCGUGUUUGUGGCCGUGGACAAGCUGGAACUGUGGGAGGACGAGGACGACGAGCUGGGCGAGCUGGAAGUGGACUCCGUCACGCUAGUCGACAGCGAGCACGACUUUCCCCCACUGGAGAUCAACUCGCGCGUGGUGGUCCAGACCCGCGAGGGGCCUGAACGAGGCACCAUCAUCUUCUACGACCUGCUGCCUGGCAACGAGAGCCUGGGCUACUAUGUAGGAGUGGACAUGGACAAUCCUAUCGGGGACUGGGACGGCGUUUUUGACGGGAAGCUGCUGUGUAGCUUCGCCAGCCUCGAGCACACCCGCCUCGUGCCCGUCUGUGACGUGAUGCCAGAGUACUCCAUGCAGGACCAGAGGCCGCCCAAGCACAGCUUUGCCUCCAGAGGCAGCAGCAGUGACAAGUCCUCUUCUGGCCAGAGCAAACCAAAGAGCAAAGGAUUAGGUCUUCAGUGUGGGAGUAGAAGCAAGUCUGACUUUUAUUACACUUUAAAUGGCAGUUCUAUUGAUCACCCAGCCCAGUCCAAAUCCAAAAGCACAUGGUACAUUGAUGAAGCGUCAUGCAGCUGUCUGCUCGGAGAGGAUCCUGCCAAGUCCCUCACCGACACGCCCCCUGACUUCAAUCAGGCGUCUCCGCCCUCCCGCGCCCCGCCCUCCACCUCGCUGACCAGCGACCAGAAAUUCCACUCGCUGCCUUUCAGCCUGAGCCGCAAGAGCGGCCCCAACGGCAGCAUGAGCCAGGGCCCGUUGUCACUGUCUGUGCAGUCGGUCCGCGCCGACCAGCCGGACCAGCAGCAGCAGCAGCAGCAGCAGCAGCAGCAGGCCCAGCAGCCCACACCCACGGCCACCGCCUCCUCCCCUAGGCAGCCCUCCCCACCGCGGGGCCAGCCGCGCCUGGAGGUGGGCUCUCUGGUGGAGGUGAAGGAGAACCCGCCGCUCUGCGGGGUCAUCCGCUGGGUAGGGCUGCCCCCGGGCCUGGAGGAGCACCUGGCGGGGCUGGAGCUGGAGGAGGAAUGUGUGGGCUGCACAGAUGGCACGUUCAAGGGCACGCGCUACUUCACCUGCCCGCCCAAGAAGGCCCUGUUCGUCAAGCUCAAGUGCUGCCGGCCCGACUCGCGCUUCCCCUCGCUGCAUCACUCCUCCAACCCCAUCGAGCGCUGCAACUCCAUCGCCUUUGGGGGUUACCUGAGCGAAGUGGUGCAUGAGAACACCCCUCCACGUACAGAGAAUGACGGGCUGGAGGUGAUGGCGGGCAAGAAAAAAGGCAUCCAAGGCCACUACAACUCCUGCUACCUGGACUCUACCCUCUUCUGUCUGUUUUCGUUCAGCUCUGUUUUGGAUACGGUACUGCUGAGGCCACGGGCCAAAACUGAUGUGGAGUAUUACAAGGAGACACAGGAGCUGCUGCGCACCGAGAUAGUCAACCCCCUGCGCAUACACGGCUAUGUGUGUGCAACUAAAAUCAUGAAGCUAAGAAGAAUUCUGGAGAAGGUGGAGGCGGCAUCUGGCUUCACCUCUGAAGAGAAAGAUCCAGAGGAAUUCCUGAACAUCCUGUUCCAUCACAUCCUGAGAGUGGACCCUCUGCUGAAACUGCGGUCGGCAGGGCAGAAGGUCCAGGACUGCUACUUCUACCAGAUCUUCAUGGAUAAGAAGGAUAAAGUGCUGGUGCCCACCAGCCAGCAGCUCAUAGAGUGGUCCUUCAUAAACAGUGAUCUCAAAUUCGCUGAGGCUCCUUCCUGCCUUAUAAUCCAGAUGCCUCGCUUUGGGAAGGACUUCAAAAUGUUCAACAAGAUCUUCCCUUCUCUGGAGCUCGAUAUCACCGACUUACUUGAAGACACUCCUAGGGAGUGCCGCAUCUGUGGGGGUCUGGCCCUAUACGAGUGCAGAGACUGUUACGAGGAUGGUGACAUCACAGCUGGGAAAAUCAAGCAGUUCUGUGAAAAGUGCAAUACCCAGGUCCACCUCCACCCACGGCGGAAGUCCCACCGGCACGGGAAGCUGUCCGUGCCCAAGGAGCUGCAGGAGGGCGUGUGGCGGCAGGGCAGCUUCCCCCACCAGAGGAUGGAGCUGUUCGCCGUGCUCUGCAUCGAGACCAGUCACUACGUGGCGUUCGUCAAGUAUGGUGCCGCCGACUCCGCCUGGCUCUUCUUCGACAGCAUGGCCGACCGGGAUGGGGGCCAGAACGGUUUCAACAUCCCGCAGGUGUCCCCGUGUCCAGAGGUGGGGGCGUACCUGAAGAUGACCCCUGAGGAACUCCACGCCCUGGAUCCCAAGAACAUCCAGGGCUACGCCCGCCGUCUGCUGUGCGACGCUUACAUGUGCAUGUACCAGAGUCCCACCAUGAGCCUGUACAAAUGAAGGCAUCCCACACAUGUGUACACACACACACACACACACACACACACACACACACAAACACACAUAAUACACUUAUAUAAACAGAACUGAGGAAAUAGAGGGGGGGAGUUGAACGUGGAGUGUUGCCUAUAAAAUUGACAUUCCCCCUCCCGUCCACCUCCCUCCCCCCUCCCACCCCCAGAAAAAAAAUUAAAAACACACCCCUCUCUUUUGCCUGCCAUCGCUGUCUGUGUGAAGACAAAGAACGAAGAGCUAGACAGAGAGGGUGUGGAGGGGUAAUGGGAGGAAGAAAGCAAUGCCGAUUACGACUAGGACAACGAAGAAGAAGGAAAAAAAAAGAAGCCUAUUUGCACUGUGCGUUUUGUUGAAGUGUUGUUCUCCUCUUCAUGUUUUCCCUCCAUCAGUAAACACAAGUCACCCCAGUGGACUGACAGUAUCUCCAGUGCCGGAAGGGAGCAGGGCUGAGUGCUCAUACUGAGUGAAGUGGAGAAGUGGGGGGGUUAGGGGAUAUGGGGUUGGGUGGGCUGGGGGUGGACUGAUGAAUAUUCACUGGGAUCAGUGGGAGACAGCAGGGGGAUGUGAUCGUCUCAGGUGACCGCAGCGUCUGAUACCCGAACGAGCGAGACGUUGUAACGGGAGAUCGCCGGCCUCUUCUCUCAGCCCCAGAGGAGAGAGACGGAGUCCUGGCACUCUCCAGCAGAGGACAAGAUGACAUCGCUCUCUCUCUCUGUCUCAUCCUGUAACCGAACCAACGCAGAAAUAACGCUCACGUCAGCGUGAAGCAGACUCUGCACUCUUCGACUCAAUAGCCCCAUUGUAGAACAGACGUCUCGGUUCUUCGCUCAGCUGUUACACGUACACUGUACACGACCCAUCUCUGUGUAUGAUGUCCAAAACCCCAGCGCUGCAAGUAGUGUGGACAAGUAGUUUUUUUUUUUUUUUGACAGUUGGUCUCAUUCCCAUGUUUGCUGUGAUUUUUCUUUUACUUUUAUUAUUUGGUCCUUUCUCUGUCCAGUGUAACGCGCUAUGUUGCUUUAGAUGUCCCAUUGUUCAUUUGGCGACAAUUUGCAUCGUAAUGUUAAGCUUUCGCUACUCAUUUUCAAAUGGACAGGAUAGCACAAGAGUAAAGCACAGCCUUUUUGGAUAUAACAGCUUGGGUUUAUGUGUAAUUUUCAAUUAAGGGAAAAAACAGCUUUCCCACACAAGCUUUAUAUGUAUUGGAGACAAACUAAAAUGACUUGAUCAUGGUAAUACCCACUAUUGCUACAAAUAUGCAUUCUAGGCCUAAAACCUAAUAUAAUCCCAUCUUUACUAUUAUUGCUCCUGAGCAUACAUUUUGGUGAGAAAAUUUGAUUGCUCAAUUCUGCCUUUUUCAACCUAGUCAUUGCACUGGACUUUUCUUUUUAAGAGUUAAAUAAAUACAUACAUAAAUAAAUAAAUAUAUAUAUAUAUAUAUAUAUAUAUAUGAUCAUCGAGGCAUGAAAAACAAGAACCCAAUUAGACAGAAUAGAUGGUGUUAGUGCAGGUACUCAACAAAUCAACAAAUGCUCAGCUACAGUAUCAUUAAAUGAAUAAUAUUUGACUGCCUUUUGGAUUUUGUUCUCUGAGGUGACAUUCAUUCACAGAAGACAAAUUGAAGAGCUACAAUAGUUUACAGUGACUUAUGGUGGUGCUACUGUGCUGAGAGACUACCCUUCUGAACUGGAGGAAAUAGAGUUGUAUUGGUGGUCCAGGAGUUACCAAAAGGCUGCGAGUCUCAAGUAUGUGAGAUCUACUAAAAGAUCUGUCAACGUGUACUGCACACAGGUCUUCACUUAAUUGGGUUGAAUAACUGCUUUCUGUGUCGUAUUCAUAUUUUACGCGGCAGACUUAUGUUAUGGGAGUCUGGAAAACAUGGAAAAUGGACAUUGAUUUUAGAGCAUCUGUGUCAACUGUAAGCGGAAUGGGAUUUAAUAUUUCUGUGCUGUUCUCUUAAGUGUCAACUAAAUUAAAAUCCUUGUUUCAAAAACAGAA